AGCUGUCCGUGGUUUGGCAGUCCGGUGAACGAAUUUCUCAGGGUGAUUAUUACGUAGGUUUUAUGCUGGUGGCCUUUUCCACGAACGACAGUGGAAAUUCAAGGUGUUAAAAUAUCGAUACACAAUCGAGUGCCAAUCGAAAACUUGUUAGGUAGAACUAAUUUUGAACAACCUAUAACGGUAUUGUACGAUAGGGUGGCCUUCGGACUGACAAAAGGCAAAGACGUACGCAGCAGAAACAACGGGCGUUCUCGUAUAUGUGACGAGGUUGUCGAAGUAACCGUCGUGCGGAGCUGUGAUUUCUUUUAUUGGGGAACAGCAUUAACGCGAGGUGUGGACGGUAUCGAAACGUUCUAGAAUUUACCCAUAUCAACGAUUUGGGAGCGACGAGCCCAUUCGUGAGGGAUGUCUACCCCCGCAAGAAGGAGACUAAUGAGAGAUUUUAAGAGAUUACAAGAAGACCCACCUACUGGAGUAUCAGGAGCACCCACAGACAAUAAUAUUAUGAUAUGGAAUGCAGUUAUAUUUGGACCACAUGACACUCCAUUUGAAGAUGGUACCUUUAAACUUACAAUAGAAUUUACAGAAGAAUAUCCAAAUAAACCACCUACAGUGAGAUUUAUUAGUAAGAUGUUCCACCCUAAUGUAUAUGCUGAUGGAGGCAUCUGUCUGGACAUAUUACAGAACCGCUGGAGCCCUACUUAUGAUGUGUCUGCUAUUCUAACAUCUAUACAGUCGCUGUUAAGUGACCCGAACCCGAAUUCACCUGCCAACUCAAUGGCAGCACAACUGUACAAAGAGAAUCGACGUGAGUACGAGAAGCGAGUGAAGGCUUGCGUGGAGCAGAGUUUUACGGAUUAGUCGCAGGCGUUUCCACAAUGCUGUUGCAGCAUCAAUCAGCCACCUACAGCCAUCAGAUUCAGUGGAGAACGUGCAGCCUUACCAAGGAGCUAACGCUAAACAUUAGCAUGUUUCUUCCUAAAGCUCUAUUGAACUACCACAAUGUGCAACAUUAG